AAAUACGGAGUUGCCCGAUGGAUUUGCCUUCAUUCAUUUCUGCUGAACUUCCUGCUGCGGCGGGUUCGAGUGGUCGCGCAUCCGCGCUUCAGGAAACUGCUGCAGUGUCGCUCUUCAGCUGCACAUGACAUGAGACUCUGCACAUACACACAUGGAGGAAAAUGUGGAUGUCAAGGCUCUCCGGGCCAAAUUUCACGCUCAGUUGGAAAUGGCAGCUUCCGGAGGCGGAACCGGCGUCAGACCUCACGCGGUUGGUGCGCUGCCAGAGUCUCUAACCAACGGAGCUCUCCGAAACAAGACUUCAGCGGUGCCUCCGAGACCCGUCCUUCCUGUGAGCGCUCACAACGAAGCGGAGAUGUUUCCUUCGGGUCCACAGGGAGUGUUCCCGAGACCUCCUCCCUCUCAUCGUUUGGGAGCCCAGGAGAGUCCUCCUUCAAACAGAAUCAAGCUGACGGGAGAACUUCUUCAGCGCAAGAUACUUCAGCAGCACGGCGACAUGAAAGCGCCCUCGACUCUCAAACCGCCGCUGCCGAGCCAGAGGAGCGUGUCGGAGGUAGCGCCGCUGAGAAAGCCGCUUCCCAACGUCGGGCCGCGACCGUCGAAACCGAGGCGUCCUCCGCACGUCAACCUGGAACACUUGCGCAGAAAAGCCCCUGCUGUUCUUCCCAAAAGAAACACAGAGCCGCAAAGUUCUAAAGGACCGGCAAGGCCUCCAAACAAACCCGGCAACUUGACGUCGUCCUUUUCAGAAUUAGAGGACUAUGAUGACAUCAGCGCACUCCCACCACCUCCUCCCACCCCUCCCAAACCCAGAGACUCGUGGACUGACGGUUUCCCUUCUCAGCAUGAGGACAGCGAUCAAGAAAUCUAUGAAGACCCAGACAGACCCGUCCCCGCUGAGAGAAAGCCCAAGGAGACUAAAAAGACAGAGCUGGACAAGAGAGAACUGAAGGAAAAACAGAAGUUGGAAAAUGAGUACAGGAAAAGAUUUAAGCUGAACGGCCCGAUCGAGGUGAUCCACAUGGCUCGUGUGAGAGAGGACUGGCAGGGCGGAAAGAAUGACCUGAGCGUGCGACAGGGAGACAGCGUGGAGAUCAUCCGUGUCAACAACAACCCCGGGGGCAAGUGGCUGGCGCGAGACAUGAGGGGCAGCGUCGGCUACAUCAGUAACUCCUGCGUGGACGUGGAUUACGAAGAAGUGAAGCGGAAAAUCCUCGGUCAAGCCGCCCCGACCUUCCACCCUUCUGCAGGACGGCCCGUCAACCCGGAAGUGUACGACGACAUCGGCUCCAACGACCAGCUCGACAGCAGUUUUCACAGCGACGAUGUGUAUGACGACGUGGACCAAGAUUUUCCUCCUCCUCCACCAGAGAUCAGGUCCAAGCAGCAGGAGAAAGACGAGAAAGAUCUGCGAAAGAGGUUUAAGUUUGAAGGGCCCAUCCGAGUGCUGUACACCAUGAUGGUGGACCCUAACGCCAGUCUGAAGAAGGCUGGGAGCAAGGACCUGCCGGUGGUCCGUGGAGAGAUUCUGGACGUCAUACAGGAGACCAGCAAGAAGCAGCUUCUGUGCCGCAACAAACAGGGCAAAUAUGGAUAUGUACCCUUGAAUUACCUUUUGCAUGAGGAGAAUGAGGUUUAUGAUGACAUUGAUACUGCUUCAGAUAUAUAUGACAAUGAUGACAGCUGACCUGCCUGAAGAUGAUGCUCGUCGUCCAUGUGAAAGCGUUUUCAUCUGAGAAAGCAAAACUGAACGCCAUCUGUUUCCUAUAACGAACGAAUGAACGACAAAGUCAUUUGCUUCAGGAAACUAAAGCUCCAUGCGUUGUAAAUUGUAGAAAUAAUUAUUAUGGAACAUUCUAAUCAUUAGAAUUAUUAUGAUCGAAAAAAUAUUUUGUAAAGAUUUUGAUAUUUGUAAUUAUCAUGGAGAUGUUUGUGAUAUUUGUUUACUUUAAGAUUUUACUCUUGUGAUAUAUGACAAUCCAUCUCUGUUCAAAUAAA